AUGACAACUUCAAUGGGCGAAAACUUUCAACAGAACUUCAACCCCAUGAUGAAUUCAUUCCAGUCUUAUCAGCCCGAGCAAGCUAUCCCAACAAUUAAACCUCAAUCUAAAAAAAGAGUUGGCAAACGAGAACAGUUAAAAAGGCUUAAAGAAGAAAAUACACAAUGGCUCGAUCUAAUCGGAAAAUUACAGCAACAAUUAGCUGCCGUAGAAGCACAGAAUUCCAUGAUGGUAAAAGAAUUAAAAUUCUUUCAUCAACAAAUCCAAGAUGCAUUACCAUUACAUCCAGAGCUAGAGGAAAAGGCCAAGAAACUACUAGAGAAAUCACCAGAUCAACAACCUCCAAGCUGA